AUGUUAUUUAUAUAUGCUGUGCAGAUCUGAUCUGUCGUUCUACAAUCUGUGUUAUAGAGAGAGAGUAUUCAAAUCAUACAUAUGUAUUUUGAAGUCCAGUUUUUCCCAAACAGUGUAGAGCAAAGGUCAUUUUUUUAAGAAACUGAAUUAUCCUUGAGACUGCGUUUCAAAGACGCAGCCUUCGGGAUGGCACCAUAAAUGUGUAAAAUCAGUCAGAAGCAGGGAACCAUGACUGGGUUGGCAAAUGCAAAUGUAUUAUAUCACAUACCUCACAUUGCAUUAUUAUCAUUACUACAGAGAUUAAUUGGCGUUAAAACUACCAUUUAAGCAAUGAAGUAUUGGGGGAUUUCAGUCAAUAGAACAAAUUGUUUCCUGUAUCAUACCACAUAUUAAUAGGACAUCUUUGCUUUUAAUCCUGAGUUCUUUUUUCACCAAGAACUUGGCAAGUCUAGAAAAACAGACCUGGGUUUUAGUCAGAAACAUCACUGUCUUUUAAAGGAAACCAAACCUUUAGUGAAAGUCUAACGUCUGAAGAUAGAGAAACUGCUUCAGUUGAUUCAAAAUGGGAACAACAAGUGACGAGAUGGUGUCUGUGGAACAGACUUCCUCCUCCUCCUUCAAUCCUCUGUGUUUUGAAUGCGGCCAGCAGCACUGGACACGAGAAAACCACUUAUACAAUUACCAGGACGAAGUGGAUGACGACCUGGUCUGCCACAUUUGCCUUCAGCCUCUGCUGCAGCCACUGGACACCCCCUGUGGACACACCUUCUGCUGCAAGUGCCUCAGAAACUUCCUACAAGAGAAAGAUUUCUGUCCAUUGGACCGGAAGAGACUCCACUUUAAGUUGUGUAAGAAGUCUAGCAUUCUGGUUCAUAAACUUCUGGACAAAUUAUUAGUUUCAUGUCCGUUUUCUUCAGUGUGCCAAGAGGUGAUGCAGCGCUGUGACCUGGAGGCACAUCUUAAAAACAGAUGCCCUGGAGCUUCGCAUCAGAGAGUUGCCCUAGAGAGACGGAAAACUAGUAAAACUCAGACAGAGAUUGAGAAUGAAAAUGGAACCGCGGUCAUAGAUCUUCCAGUUACUUUAUCACCUGAAGCGGACUGUUCAGGGCGGACCCUGACAUCCUUGUCUCUCCCCGCCUGGACAGAGGAGCCUGGCCUGGACAACCCCGCCUUCGAGGAGAGCCCCGCUGGAGACACCACACAGCAGCCACUUAGUUUACCAGAAGGCGAAAUCACCACAAUUGAAAUUCACCGGUCUAACCCUUACAUUCAGCUAGGAAUUAGCAUUGUGGGUGGCAACGAAACACCACUGAUCAACAUCGUUAUCCAGGAAGUCUAUCGGGAUGGGGUAAUCGCCAGAGAUGGAAGACUCCUUGCUGGAGACCAGAUUCUUCAGGUCAACAGCUGCAACAUCAGCAGCGUGUCCCACAACUACGCCCGCGCGGUGCUGUCGCGGCCCUGCAGCACGCUGCAGCUCACCGUGCUCCGCGAGAGGCGCUUCGGCAGCCGCCCGCACAGCCACCCUGAGGCCGGCUCGCCCCGGGAGGACGUCUUCCAGGUGGUUCUUCUUAAACGGGACUCUGUGGAACAGCUCGGCAUCAAGCUCGUCCGAAGGACCGAUGAGCCGGGCGUCUUCAUUCUCGACCUGCUGGAAGGGGGGCUGGCGGCGCAGGACGGCAGGCUGAGCAGCAAUGACCGGGUGCUGGCCAUCAACGGCCACGACCUGAAGCACGGGACGCCCGAGCUGGCUGCCCAGAUCAUCCAGGCUAGCGGAGAGAGGGUGAACUUAACAAUUGCUAGACCCGGGAAACCCCAGCCUGGAAACGCUGUCCGAGAAGCAGGAACUCUGAGCAGUAGCCAGCACCACACACAGCCGCCGCCUUACAACAGACCCAGCUCACACAAGGAUCUUGCCCAGUGUGUUACAUGCCAAGAAAAACACAUUACUGUAAAGAAGGAACCACACGAGUCCCUUGGAAUGACAGUAGCUGGGGGCCGAGGAAGUAAGAGUGGGGAACUGCCCAUCUUUGUGACCAGUGUGCCACCUCAUGGCUGCCUUGCACGUGAUGGCAGAAUCAAGAGAGGUGACAUCUUGUUGAAUAUCAAUGGCAUUGAUUUGACCAAUUUAAGUCACAGUGAGGCUGUGGCUAUGCUGAAGGCCAGCGCUGCAUCCCCCACGGUGGCCCUGAAAGCACUGGAGGUGCAGGUGGUGGAGGAGGCCACCCAGGGCCCAGAUGAGCAGCCCAACACCAUCAGUGAGAAUGAGUAUGAUGCCAGCUGGUCCCCAUCUUGGGUCAUGUGGCUUGGGCUACCCAGUACCCUUCACAGCUGCCAUGACAUAGUUUUACGAAGAAGUUACUUGGGAAGUUGGGGCUUCAGCAUUGUUGGCGGAUAUGAAGAGAACCACACCAAUCAGCCUUUCUUCAUUAAAACCAUUGUCUUGGGAACUCCUGCUUAUUAUGAUGGAAGAUUAAAGUGUGGAGACAUGAUCGUGGCCGUAAACGGGCUGUCCACUGUGGGCAUGAGCCACUCGGCGCUGGUCCCCAUGCUGAAGGAGCAGAGGAACAAAGUCACGCUGACCGUCAUCUGCUGGCCUGGCAGCCUGGUGUAGAUUUCAAAGUUGGUUUUAAGUCAAACACAUCUUCAUUUUUCAGGUCUUGGAAAGAAAACCCUUUGGUUUCUGUUUGCUAGGGCUGCUGACACAGCCGGUAUACACAGGGCCAAAACCACUAGGCUUGUCCUUUUGUUAUUUAGAAGGUUUCCUCCAGUUUGCCACGUUUCUUUCAGCUCAGAACUGAUCUUCCAAUAACCCCUGUGAGAUCACAUUUUUAGAAUUCGGAUCCUCGGUUGUGAGCUGUAAUAAACAAUGAAGUCUGCCCAGACUGUGAGCCAGCCGGCUGUCGAACGACUUCCGGUGGCUCUGUAUUCAAUAACUGAGUCAUAGAAUGAGUUCCACGUGCCCAAGACUGCAGUGUGCUGUGAACGGAUGCAUUCUUAGUUUGGAUAAGCCUUUCCCAGUUUACAUCGGUGCCACAUUUCAAAACUUCGUACUGUUCAUAAGGUGAUUUUUUUUCUGGCUUAUUUUAUUUCUACUUUAAUCUCAGUACUCAUAGAUGAAGACAUAAGUCUGAGACCAUUAAAGAGAUUUUUUUAAAAAUAAUGCACCAUUAUUAGAACAGUAGAGAAUAAAAGAUAAUGUUAUCUAUCCAGUGACAAAGGAAUUUCGGAGGUAAUUAUAGUUUAGUGCUGGAGAUGCUAAAAGCUGCAUUUACUUGAACAGUCCAAAAGCAUUAAAGUUCAUAUCUAAAGGAAUGUUUUGUUAUGUAGGAAAAUUUUGAAGCAGUUUUUGCUAAGAAAUCGUUUUUCUAGAGUUUGUAUUAUACUCCUAUCAGCAAACUUGGCUGGAAGUGUUUUUGUGAUUUAUGCAAUUAUAUUAGAUGAUAAAAAUAAAACCAUAUUGCUGUUAAAUGCACACUCAUAUAUAUAUCACAGCUAAGUAGAGGAUAGACCUUUUUUUUUGAGUGUUUUAGAAACGCUUUUUUUCCCCUUUAUUUCUCUACUUAGUUAUUUCAGGAAAAAGUGUGAAAGAUAUUAACAUCUGAAAGCUACUAUUCCAGAUUUUAAAAAAACUUUCCAGUCUGUCCUUGGUCACUCGACUGUCUCAUGUUUUUGCAAACUGACCAGCCUGUUUUGUUUGUCCUUUAAUCAUCAGCUAUUCAUGGCAAGAACGCAAAGAAGGAAGAGACGUCUUUACCUUGUGAAUGUUACACAUACUUGAAAAAAGUUUCACUUAGAAACCUAGUUCAGAAUCCGAGCUAAUUUACGAGUGACCUCUAGUAAUAAAUGGUGUUGAUGAGAGAAUGUAUUUCAGGAUACUACAGUAUACUAUGAAGCGUGACUGCUUUAUUUUAAAACUUAGCAAUUGCAUUGCUGGGGUUGUUUCUGUAACGUGUCACAGAUUAUUCCAGUUAGUUUUUUAAUGAUUUUUUAAAAACAUAUCUCGACUAAAUAAGGAACGGCGACGAUAAUCGUUCCGGCCUUGUUCACCCCUUGGCGACACCACGUGAUCAGCAGUGAGGCGAGGCACGGCGGCCGGCCCUGCGCAGCACGUCAGCGCUGUGUGAGGGCUGGCUUGUGAACCCGUUUGGUAUUGAAGUGCUUUGUUAUUCUAACUGACGCGGAACACGUUUUUUCUCCUGCUCCCCGAGUAGAAUUUUGUAGCCUACUUUGCUGGGUUUUUUGGAAACAUUUUGUAAGAAUGCAUCAUUCUGGGGAGUGGGCCUCCAUCAGCAAAUAUCCUGACUGCCACUUUGUUAGAGAUAAAAUGCUUACAGCAAACCCGGCAGUGUAUGAGUACUUUGAAAGACAACUUUUUCCAACAUUUUUAUCGUGAAAAUCAGCUUAAGCUAAUUUGGUUUUAUUACAGAAGACUAUAGCUUUUGGUCAGAACGGUAUUUGGUGAUGGAAACUUGUUCAUAAGUUACUGUCAUUGUUGAAAUAUUUGAAUUCUCUCAUUUCAAGCUUUGUUAAACAUUUUGAUUUGUUCUGUGCCUUCAGUUUAAAUUACUUCAGGAUUUUUCAGAUUGUUUAAAUAAUGGUGUGAUAAUCAUCUAGGAUGGAAAUAAAAAUCAUCCUUUCCUUAAAA